AUGGCCAGUUUAAAAUUGAACAAAAAGCUUCAAGAAAAAAUAUUAAAAGAAGUUCAACACGGUGAUAUUUCUACUUUACAGAGUUUCAACUUGGAGAAUCCUUGCUUCCAUUGGAGCUCCAUAUCUUACGAAAAAACUGGGGACACCAUCCUACAUGUAGCUGCGAGACUCGGCUACGUAACAAUAAUCCACUAUUUACUCGACGAAUUCUACCCUUGUGCAGUUAACGUGAGAAAUAAAGAUGACAAAACUGCUUUACAUGAAGCGGCUCAGUUUGCUCAGCUUCAAAGUAUUUUGAAACUGUGCUCAUUUAGAGCUGAUGUAAAUGCGCUGAGAAGGGGCGACUGGACAGCUUUGAUGCUUGCCUGCACUAAAGUACAAUCUGAGAGUAAUUUACUUAUUGCAAAGGCUUUGGUCAAACGAGGUGCCCAAGUCAAUUUGCCUAAUAAAGAUGGGUGGACUUGUGUGCAUAUUUUAGCAAGAGAAGGUGGAGAAGAUAUAUUUGACUAUUUAUUAGAGCAUGGACUUCAAGUCAAUGUUAAAACAAAAAAUGGGAGAACACCAUUACAUAUUGCAGCACUCCAUGGAAAUAUUGGCUUUAUAUCAAAACUAAUUACUUACAUCGAUAUAGAUUCAAAAGAUAGCUGUGGCAAUACACCUUUACAUGAAGCUAUUUUAGGACAACAUAUUAAAAUAGCUGCUGUGUUAGUAGAACUUGGAGCUGAUACUUAUGCGAAAAAUAACAGUGAUUUAAGUGUAUUGCACUUGGCAGCUAGUCAAAACAGUCUACAAGUGAUUAACUAUAUUUUAAGUGAAUUGAAUGGUGAGAUAAAUUUCCAGAACAAAAAUGGUUGGACUGUUGCUCAUUGUGCUGCAAGAAAAGGGUUGAGAGAAAUUUGUGAACAUUUGAAAACUCUUGGAGCUGAUCUAUCCAUAAAGGAUAACUUUGGAAGAAGUGCUACGGAUUAUUUAUCAUCAUAG